UAAAGUGACGUCAUGAAUAAUAUUCGAUAAGCUCAAACGACAACAUAUUUUCUAACAUGGAUUCAAUAAAAGAUUCAAAAAUGCAAAUUGAUAGUGAAGAUUUCGGAUCGAUUCAACCGAGGGGGGACCUUAAGUCUCAGGACGAAAAAAUGACUUAUGAUCAAGUUAUGAACAGUACUGGCGGAUUUGUGUACAGUGUAAAUGACUUGAUGCGAGUUUUGAGAUUCUUAUGUUUGGGCACUGAAGGUGGAUCGUAUUACGCAAAAGAACCUGAAUUAAAAAGGGAAAAUAUUCAGUGUAUUGACAGACUGAUAAUGAAUGGAAGGGGAUCGGAAGUGGUCAAUUUGAUUUAUACAGUGAGUACCGAAGGGAGAGCAUGUAAACAGGGACCAACAUUGUAUGCUUUGGCCAUAUGUUGCAGAUGUAAUGAUUCGAAAACAAAAACCGCAGCCUACAAAAUUCUUGGCAGUGUUUGUCGGAUUCCUACACAUCUUUUUGAGUUUGUUAAGUACUGCGAGAAGGAAAGUUCUGGAACGGGUUGGGGUAGAGCCCACAGAGUAGCUAUCGGUAAAUGGUAUAAUGGUUUUUCAAAAGACCCCAAAAAGUUGGCAUACCUUGUAACAAAGUACCAGAAUCGUCACUCAUGGAGUCAUCGGGAUGUGGUCCGCUUAGCGCACAUCAAACCAGAAGAUAGCAAAAUUGACAUGAUUUUGAAGUACGUUGUCAAGGAUAUGGCAAGUGCAAAUAGUAUGUACUCUGAAGAUAGCUCUGUUGUAGAUGUAAAAGCUUUUCUUGACGGCGUCGAAGAAGCCAAGAAAUGUACCAAAAGUGACAUCCAAAAAUUACGAUCUUUAAUCGUUGAACAUCAGUUAGUCCGUGAACAUGUUCCAACAGGACUUCUGGACUCGAAGGAAGUAUGGGACACCCUCCUUCGUUUAAUGCCAAUGAUGGCUAUGAUUCGGAAUCUUGGCAAAAUGUCUACCUUGGGGCUGUUAGAUUCUAAAUCUUUCGGGGAAACACUAGUAGUGGACAAACUUACAAAUGAAGGAUUGCUGAAGUCUGCUAGAAUUCAUCCGUUCUCUCUUCUUGUUGCAUGGAAUCAGUACAAAGCAGGUCGGGGUAGUAAGGGCAAACUUUCGUGGAGCGUGAAUGACAAUAUAACAAAAGCUUUAGAGGAGGCUUUCUACAAAGCGUUUAAGAAUGUUCCUCCGACCGGAAAACGGUACCUUCUAGCAGUAGACGUCAGUGGAUCAAUGCAGACACCUGUAAUUGGGUCGUCCGAAAUCGAGGCUUUCGAGGCAUCAGCAGCCAUGAUGUUAUUGACUGCAAGAACAGAGGACAAUUUUGAGGUUAUUGCAUUUUCAAAGGGUUACACAAAACUCGAUAUCAACAAAGUAGACACUCUUAACACAGUUCUGAAGAAAUGUAGUAAUCUUCCGUUUUCGGGCACUGACUGUUCAAUGCCGAUGUUGUAUGCUAUUGACCACAAAAAGAAAUUUGACGUCUUCAUCGUUUAUACCGACUCCGAAACUUAUCAUGGAAAAAUGCAUCCAUCUGAGGCUCUAAAACAGUACAGAGAGUACGCAAAGAUACACGACGCACGACUGAUUGUAGUUGGUAUGGUCAGUAAUGGCUUCUCAAUCGCGGAUCCAAACGACCCGUUUAUGAUGGAUGUUGUCGGAUUCGAUACUGAAGCACCGAAAGCAAUGUCAAAUUUCGUUAUGGGAAAGUUCUAGUUUUUAUUAUCCGCUAGGAUGUCCAUUAAGAAAGUAUACCUUGAUUAAUACAAUUUGACUCGUGUAAAUACAUUAAAAUUUAAAAACUGACUAUAUUUAAACAAAAAGUAAAAAAUCAAGCAUAAAAGAUAUGUAAGUCCAAUAAACAAACACGUGGGAUCAUAUUGUUUUGACACCUCUGUAUUGUAAAUGUUUGUAAAUAUAUGCAUAUUUCUGUACAUAUUUCACAUUUUCUCUGAUUAAUGAUUGUACAUUGUAUAAAUUGAUAAAAAUGUAUAUAUAUAGAAAAAUUAUAUUAUGUAUAAAUAGUGAGUCGAAUAUAAUAAGUCAAAAAAUCAACAAUCAAUAAAGCACUCUUGUCACUCGUUUAAAUAGAUAGUUUAAAAUGAUUCUUUAGAAUGAAGAAACAAACAAAUAAUGCGUAAAUAUAUCACUCGAAACGUGUCCAACCCCAUUCCAACCCUCUUUCAAAACCCUGGAUCCGCUCCUGAAUUCAAAUCGGUUCAUAAUAUUUAUUUAACUGUAGAUAAUUUUUAUUCAUCUUUAGACAGUACUAAUUUAACUGAAGUAAAUAAAUUAUUUAACACACUGUGCAUAAAGUUACGUUAAUUGUUUAUUUUUUAUACGACCGCACAAUUUUUUUUUGGCUUCGUAUAAUGCUAUAAUGUCGUCGUCUGCGUCGUCGUCCGAAGACGCCUUUAGUGUCCGGACAAUAACUUUAGUUUAAGUGAAUGGAUCUCUAUAAUAUUUUACCAGAAGGUUCAAUACCACUUAAGGAAGGUUGGAAAUGAUUUGGGGGUUAUGGUCCCAGCAGUUUAGGAAUAAGGGCCAAGAAAGGGACCCUAAUAAGCAUUUUUGUAGUUCCCAGACAAUAACUUGUGUUUUAGUGUAUUUAUCUCUAUGAGAUAAUACUAUAUAAGUUUUCAUACUACAAAGGGAUGAUGAGGAUCGA